AACUGAUGACAUCAGAGCUACAAUAGUGGACCAUGUCACCAACCAUGGGAUGACCCUGAGGGAAGCUGGCCAACGGGUUCAGCCUAAACUGAGCCGCUACACUGUGGCAGGCAUCAUUAGGACAUUUCGAAAUGAGAAUCGAGAGUGAUGGAACUAGAAGCAGAUGCAAUGGGACAUGAGCUACUUUUUGUGGAUGAGGCCGGUUUUAACCUCAGUAAAACCAGGAGACGUGGCCGGAACAUUAUUGGACACCGUGCCAUCAUCAAUGUCCCAGGACAACGUGGUGGUAACAUAACCAUGUGUGCAGCUAUAAGCCAAAAUGGUGUUGUUCACCAUCAUGCAACCAUAGGCCCAUACAACACUGCACACAUUAUUGCAUUCCUGGACACCUUGCAUGACAUGCUCACUGUUCAGAGACCAGAGCAGACCCGAUAUGUCAUCAUAUGGGACAAUGUUAGUUUCCAUAGGGCUGCUUUGGUCCGCAACUGGUUUACAGACCACCCAUCCUUCAUGGCACUCAACCUCCCUCCAUACUCUCCAUUCUUAAAUCCCAUCGAGGAGUUCUUCUCUGCCUGGCGCUGGAAAGUGUACGACCGUCAUCCUCAUCAACAGGUAGCCCUUUUACAGGCAAUGGAGGAGGCAUGUGGAGAUAUUGACCAGGCAUCAUGUCAGACCUGGAUACGGCAUUCAAGGAGAUAUUUUCCCCGGUGCCUUGAACUGGAGGAUAUCGCAUGCGAUGUGGACGAAAUUUUGUGGCCGGACCCAGAAAGACGACAUGAUGUCGGCUGAUUGUCUUUUUUUUCCCUUUUUUUUGUGAAAUUCCUAUUUUGUGUUCUGACUUUGUCUUGGUUUUGAUGAGUGUGAAUAAACACCAAUACUUGAAGUUUGGAUCCUUGUAUGUUUACAUGACACUAUGACAACAGUGUGACCUCAAAUUGACAUCUGUACACAGAGAAUGCAAAAGCCAGAUGUGUUUUGUAUUCAUACCAUCAGUGUGCAGUUGGCGCAUUGUGUGCUUAGUAGAUGAUGG